AUGCCUUUGGCUAUCUCCCAUAUGGGGAUUGUUCUGGGUUCUCGAUGCGCACAGUAUCUCGAUAGGGGCAGUGCGUCGUUCUUUGCCCUAUCGCAGCUGACAUACCCCAAUGCCGCCGUGGUAUUCGAUGCGGCUAUUGCCAUUAAAUGUUUCGGAGUCGGUGUCAGUUACCUCAUAAUUAUCGGCGACUUGAUGCCGGGAGUUGUACAGGGUUUCGUCGGUAGCACUCCGGCGUACGACUUCUUGGUGGAUCGGCAUUUCUGGGUUACUGCUUUCAUGUUAAUUGUCAUCCCUCUUUCUUAUCUUCGACGUCUUGAUUCCCUCAAAUAUACGAGUAUCGCUGCUUUGGUGUCCAUGGGCUACCUGGUCAUCUUGGUUGUGUAUAACUUCGUGAAGGGCAAUACAGUGGCGGACCGAGGUCCUGUUCGUGUGAUCCAAUGGGCUGGCCCCAUCCCGACUCUCAGCAGUCUUCCGGUCAUCGUCUUUGCGUUUACAUGCCACCAGAAUAUGUUUUCUAUCCUCAACGAAAUCAGCAAUAACAGUCAUUUCAGAACAACUGGUGUCGUUUUGGCUAGUAUUGGAAGCUCAGCAGCCACAUAUAUUCUCGUGGCCAUCACAGGUUAUCUCUCCUUUGGGGACAACGUUGGCGGGAAUAUUGUGAGCAUGUAUCCUCCGGGGCUAUGGGCCACAAUUGGACGUGCCGCUAUCGUCAUGCUUGUCAUGUUCUCCUAUCCACUUCAAUGCCACCCAUGCCGAGCCUCCGUCGAUGCAGUGCUACGCUGGAGACCCAAGCCCGCCGCUGGCAGCGAUAAUUCACCCCAUCGUCAAGCUCUACUGGGCGCGAGAGGAAACCGCGGGCCGGAACCAAUGAGCGACCUUCGUUUCUCUAUUAUAACAACAACCAUCCUUAUUCUUAGUUACAUAGUUGCCAUGACCGUCUCGUCGCUUGAAGCUGUACUCGCCUACGUCGGCAGCACUGGAAGCACCAGUAUCAGCUUCAUCCUUCCGGGCCUAUUUUAUUACAAGAUCUCGUCUCCUGAUUCCCCCUCUCAUCAACGACUCAUGAAAGAAGACGAUGAAGCAGUGGACGAUAUGCUUUCCGAUGACGACGACGAUAAUAAUGACCUUGAGGGCGGCCAGAACCGCCCACUCACGGAGAGUGCAAUUUUGAAGCUUACCAACCGUCACUGGCGCCGCGGUCUGCUACGGAAGCUGAGUCUUGGGCUCGUGGUAUACGGCUUCCUCGUCAUGUUCGUGUGCCUGAUUGUCAAUACGUUCUUCAUAGCGUCUCAUUGA